UCGGAUCUACAACGCGAAUGUGGUUUUGCAACUCACACCCACAAGCGGCGUCAAGGUUCUACUCUUCUUCAGUGCGCAGCCCUAAGUGUGACUCCAUCUCUGCAAUCUGCGCUGCGCGUGCGACGUCGAAGACAUCGACAUGGACGCGCCGAGGGGUACCCCGCCGGGGCGGGCACGGGCGCCGCCACCCGGAUGGAUCGGCGAUUCUGGGUCCGGGCAGGGCUCUGGACCCGACGGCUCCUGGAGGUACGGCUGGGAGUGGGCUUCAGGGCCUGGAGGCGGCUGGGGCUACGGCCACAGCUCAGAGCAGAGCCCAGGCGGCGCCGCGUUUGGGUUCGGCUACGGCAGCGGCGGUGGUGGAGGAGGAGGAGGCGGAGGGGGGAGCGGACGUGGAGGCUUCGGGUUCGGCAGGCUCGGCGGCCACGCCGGCGGGUUCGGCUGGGGUGUCGGGCCCGGCGGCCAUGCUGGCGACUGGAGCGGCGGCCAUGCUGGCGGCUGGGGCAGCGGGAGCGGCGGCUGGGGAGCAGGCGGUGGGGCCUUUGGAGGCGGCCACGGCGGCUGGGGCGCGCGCGCAGGGUUCCGCGGCGGGAGCCAACGGCCACCGCGCGGAGGACGCGGCGGCGGCAAUUGACUUGGGGUCUGUAUGCUACGGCGUGGUGAGAUCACUGCUGGAGUAUAGUAGGAGCAGUUGAUCUGGGUCCUCAGGUCUGGGAGGAUGAUGUGGUUUGUUCAACUCUGUCUAUCUGCAUGUGUUAAAAUUUCAGUGCGAGCCGUGAUGAUCGUAGCACGAUCUGGAUCCUGGGUCUUGUAAUGAUACUGUGGAUCACUUUGCAUGUACAAGUGUUCAAUUUCAGUAUAACAGAAAUGGUUAUGUUUACAUAAUCAACA